AUGAGUUUUGAGAUUCAAGAAGAAUAUUAUGUUCCCCCAGAAGUCUUAUUCAAUGCAUUUUCCGAUGCAUAUACUUUAACAAGACUAUCUCGAGGUUCUUUGGCGGAAGUUGAUCUAAAAGUUGGAGGGAAGUUUACACUUUUUUCUGGAAGCAUACAUGGUGAAUUUGUUAAGAUUGAUAAGCCAAAUAAAAUAAUUCAAAAAUGGAAAUUUAAAGAUUGGAAUGAUUUAGAUUAUAGUCAAGUAACAGUAGAAUUUAUACCCAUAAAAGAAAACCAUACAUUGCUAAAAUUGAGACAUGAAAAUAUUCCCCAAACUAAUAAAUACAAUGAAGGAGGCAUUUUAGAACGAUGCAAAUCUGGAUGGGUGGAAAAUUAUUUACGAAAUAUUGAAAUGGUAUUGGGAUAUCCUAAAAAAAAAUAA